AUGCAUUCCAAGACGUCAAUACUAGUCACUGCUCUCGCAGCCGCAGCCUAUGCCUCUCCCAUGGGCGGCUAUUCGGCUUCCCAGGCUUCCUCCUACGGCGGCCCGAACGCGACCAGCACCGGUAGCCAUUCCGCUCCCACCAGCUGGGCCUCUGGCUAUGGGCAGUCCGGAUAUUCCAGUGCCGUCUCCAGCUAUGCCAGCAGCUAUGGCUCCUCGACUAUCCUGGGUGUCGCGACCGCGUCUCCCAACCCGUCUCCCGUCCCGGGCCUCGUUGGCAAGCUCUUGACCGACGACACCACCGUUGACCGCUUCAACGACAUCCAGGGAGAACUGAACGCCGGGGCCAUUAGCCUCAAGUUUGAUUUCAACCCUGCGGCCAACCCAGGCAUCAAGCCCGGUGAUGGCGGACAAGUCGACCUGGCCAACCGCAAAAACUUCCCCGUCCUGACCGGGCUCGGCGUCUCCGCUGCAGGCAUCUUCUUCCAGCCCUGCGGCCUCAACACGCCUCAUAUUCACCCUCGCGCCAGCGAGUUCUUGACUCUUGUCACCGACACCGAGAUGUUGACCGGAUUCGUGUUGGAGAACCAACUGACCACCGAGUUCAACACGACCUUGACCCAGUUCCAAGGCACUGUCUUCCCCAUGGGCUCCAUCCACUUCCAGCAGAACCUUGACUGCGAGCCCGCCGUGGCUAUUGCCGGCCUCAACUCGGACGACCCUGGCGCCAGUUCGCUUGCCCAGAACUUCAUUGGCGCCAUUGACCCGGCCGUUGUGGACGCCUCCCUCGGCAUCCCCAAGCAGAUCGAUGCUACCAACUUUGCCCAGUACAGGACCUCUCUCCCACUGCCGCUGGCCAAGGGCGUCGAGGAGUGCUUUGUCCGCUGCCACAUCCCUUACUAA